CGGCGGGGCCGGGGGCCGCGGCGGCGGGGCCGCGGCGGGUGCUGAGGCCGGUGCUGCCGCCAGGGGGCCGGGGCAGCUGGCGGCGGGCCCCGCGGAGGAGGAUGCUGAGCCGCCUGCAGGAGCUGCGCAAGGAGGAGGAGACGCUGCUGCGGGUGAAGGCGGCGCUGCACGACCAGCUCACCCGCCUCAAGGUGGAAGAGCUGGCACUGCAGUCUAUGAUUAGGUCCAGAGAGGAGAACGUAACAGUAUCUUCAUCAACAGUUGCAGAGGAGACUCAAAAAACUCUAGGGCAGAUGGAUAACGAGGAUGCUAUCAAUCAAACUGAAUUACAUCUAAGUCUUCAAGAUCAUGAAGAGGAGGAGGAGGAGGAGGAAGAGGAGGAGGAAUCAGAUUCUUGAAAAAUAAUCAGAGAUGGCGAUCUUGAUUUUUAAUGUAGACUCAGGAAUUUCUUCUUCGUUCAUAUAAGAUCUGCCAGCAGAUUUUUCUUUUUGUCCUGUGUAUGAACUGUAUGCUAUGUAAGAUUUUUGGAGGGUUCUAGGGAAGUUACACUUGAAGACAUGAAUGUCACAAGCUUGGCAGAUCUUGAUUUAUAUGUUAAAAGAAUGAAAACUUGCUGCACAAAUAUGUAGCAUAAUCUUUUUUGCAUUCAAAAAUCUAAUGUGUAGCUUACAUCUUUAUCUAGAUCAAGAAACUGUUAAACAAGUCAGACUAAUUUGACACAUGCACUAAAAGCAAUAACUUGUCUGUUCUUAUUGCUGAAAAAUAAAACUAGUUCUCAGUGACUGGUUGCUGAACCAAUGAUUAUAUAAAUAACCUCAUCUGCAUAAACUGAGAAUUUUAAGAAUUGGCAAUGAGAAAAGAUUUGACCAAGAUUGCUUCCAUGCUUUCAGCUAAUGUAUUCUCGGUUAUAUGGAAAAACUAAACGUACGUUCCCUGUAAAUGUGAUGAUAAGAGAUGUAGGUGCAUUGAGAGAAGCAUCUAUUGCACUCUAGGCUCUCACUGUUAAUUUUGAGCACAAUAGCAAGGUAGCCUCUCUUUGUACCCACUGGUGCUGUUCUUAAGUACUGUCAGUCUGAUUGUAACAGUGAAGUAUUUUCUACUUCUUGCUCUUUCAGAGGAGUAGCCAAUUAGCCUUUUUAUUGUUCCCAGAUUGUAUGGUAAGAAUUAGUUCACAACAUAUUACUCGUAAUAAGGAAUUAAUGUUCUUUAAUUAGUUUUAUUUUCUUUUUCCCCUCACAGUAACUCCAUAGGUCAAAGUAAGUCCAUCUUCUACUUUCAAGUUAUCUUCAAGAAGGAAUAUAAGGCAUUUAACAACUUAUAAGAUGGAAAAGUGACGUGAAGUUCCUUCCACAGUUUCUUUAAUGGUACAGUAACAAGUCAGUGCUGCUCUUAGUGAUAGGCAGUAUGUUCUUUCUCCUAAUGGAAUGCAGAUACCAUGUGGCACAGCUAGUUAUUUUAUCAAUUCUUAAAGAGCUGUUUGGAAGCACAGAAAACCAAACUGUGUUAAGCUGAUUAAAAACAAACAAUAAAAGUAUUAUGCUAACUAAUUUAGCCAUUUUGUCAAGCUGUCUUACUAAGAAAAUAUUCAGAGAUGUAUCCAGGGUUGUUCAUUAUACAACUAGUGUAUAAAGAUGCUGAUGCUAUCUCAGUUUGACAUUAGUAGCUCAGAGAAAAUAAAGGUAAACUUCAGAAGCAUACUUAAGAGUCAGAAAAGAGCUUGGAAAAGUAUCUGGUGUCCUGUGUGCGGUCAAAUAAAUUCCUGCUACUGCUUGAGGAGAGCCUGUUUAUUUGGCUUGUAGCUAUAGAAACUAAAUGCUAGAAUGUAAAUACAGCAUUAUCCUGUACAGAAGACUAAUUACCUUGUAAGGAGGCUGGAUGUCCUUAUGAAGGAGCUUAGAACUUGAGUACAGAACACUUAGCAAAGCCUUCCUAAGAUGUGCAAGGGAACAACAAAAAGUCUGAGCAGAGAAAACUAUAGCUUGGAUCGUCAAAUAAUUUUCUUUAGAAGUGUGUGCGUGAACAGUUGGUUUUGCAAGGUCUCAAUAGCUGAUCUUUCCUCCUUUGCUUGUUACAGUGCUCAGUAUAGUUGUGGCACUGCACAUGUGUCACUCCAUGUGUCUCUUGUCUUUAAACAGGGGCGCUUGUCUUCCUGUCUUUUGCUUUUGGGGAAAUGGCAUUUUGGAAGGGUUACUCUGGGGUUUCACCUACAAAGGUCAAUUCGAACCUUUGAAACGUUGUUUGUCCCUGCAUGCUACAGUGUAGUUUUUCACAGAUACACUUUAUAUCCUUGCUCCCUACUACCUUUCAUGGAAAAGGCCAUUGCUUGCUUUUGAAUUCAGACGUACAAGUUCUGGCAAACUAGCUUGCAUGUUGCAAUAAAGUAUGUUUCCUGUUGUCCUACUUUACUGUACUUUUAGAGUUCAAAUUAUUGCUGUAUGUGGAGCAAACAUAAGUAAAAUGGGAUUUCAUAUCAAAA